CGCUCAGCCCGAUAGUAACGGCGGAAUCAGUUUCGGCGCGUCUUUGUACUGGCCGAAUCCCCUUGCCCCUCUUCACCUUUGAGCCGCGGGUCGGCUGAGAUUAUGACAGUAACGCACUGUAGACGGUUGUAUGAGAACAGUAUGCUUAUAGUAUAAUCAUCGUACGUCAUCCGAGUCUAAAUAAGAUGCAAUAUUUAAAGAAAAUAACUGAAGUCUCUUGUAAAUUUCUGAACACGCAACGGUUAAAUGUCGUACGAAUUUAUUCGCAUCUCGCGUAUCUGUGUGCAAGUCUGGUAUGUAUAAUAAAAUUUCUAUAUAUACAAAUAUUGUGUAUUUGUGUUUACCGUAUUUCUGUAAAAAGAAAAAAACAUGUAUUUAUAAACACAUUAUAAAAUAAAAAUAGUAAUUUGUAUGCGUGAUCUUAUAAAUUAAAUUUGCAACACUACAGUUUAUGGCGUACGUAGAUAGAAAAUCACGGUAUUAUACGGCAUGUAAGUACUUGGGUACUUGUACAAAAAAACCAAAUUGUGACGAAUGUCUCUGCUUGCAAGUGUAAAUUGUGUGGUGCAUGAGACGUGAUAUUGUACACGAGGAUUUUGGUUGAUCUGGAAAUAUAUAUAUACUCAUUAGUGUCAUAAUUGAGCUUUCAACGAAACAAGUAGCUGUGUUUCCUCUUUGCGAGUCAAACAAUACACGUUGAGCAAUGUAGUAUAAAAGUAAUUUCAGAUUUUCAAAUUAAGCGUAUCUGUUCAAACAACUGUUGAACAUAACCAACAAAAUAAUACGGUAGUUUCGGUCGGAUCGAAUUAGGAAAAGUACAAAUAUUUUGCGUGUUAAGUGACAUGAAUUGAGUGAAAUGUAUAUUUUAAUGUAUAUUUGGAAUAGUCGUAAGGAAUGGCCGAGAAGGAGACAAAGAUUGAGUAUGUGACAGAGCCUUGUCCUAUAAAGCCUCGUAAAAUAGGUCCACAAAAUAUAGUCGUACGUCUGAAGCGUCGUGAAACGUUUGGUUGCCCUUACCCAGGAACACAUGUUCACAAUGCUAGACAAUUUUACCAAAAUGUGUUUCCAAAUUUUACUGUUAUGAAUGUUGAGAAACCACCUUGUUUUCUCAGAAAAUUCAGUCCAGAUGGACGUUAUUUAAUAGCUUUUAGCGCUGAUCAAACUUCCAUAGAAGUUUAUGAAUAUCGUGGUGCAUCUGCAGCUGCUGAUUUGUUAGCCAAUUGCGAAGGUGAAUAUAUUGGUCAUAAGAAUGACGAAUACAGUUUUCAAAUUAGAAGUAAUAUUUUUAAUCGAUUCUUCAAGACUAAAUGGAUUAUAAAUGUAGUUCAAAGUAAUGAACAACUAAAUAGAGAAUGCAGUCUGUUUACAGAUGAUGGUCGAUAUGUAAUUGUGGGUUCCGCUGCCCAUAUUCCAGACGAAUUAAGACCUCAUUUUUAUCAGAUUUAUUCCAACAACGAAGCCCUAACUCCAAAUCCUAGAUCCCCGUUGGAAGAUUAUAGUUUACAUCUGGUUGACUUACGUGGAGGAAAAUUAUGUGAUACUAGACAUUUUAAAGUAGAUAAAAUAUACUUGUCUCAUAAUCAAGGUCUUUAUUUGUAUAAAGAUAUCUUGGCAGUCUUGUCGGUACAACAUCAAACUAUACAUAUAUUUCAAAUCCUCGAUGGAAUGUUUAUAAAUGUCAGAACUAUAGGAAGGUUCUGUUUAGAAGACGAUGCAUAUUUGGUUACAAGCGCCUGUCCAGGAGCAAAUUCCCGUCCGUUCAGAGACAUUACAAUAAACAGUCUUAAGCACAAGUUACUGGUUUAUCUAUAUAAAAGAGCAGCAUACAUUAGUGAUACAACAAAAGAUCCAUACGAAUUAAGACGUUUUUAUCAAUAUUUUGAUCAGUUAAAUGCGUUACGCAUGUGGAAGAUGCAGUUAUUAGAUACGAACCAUAUACUUGUAAGAUUUACGAGUGAAGAAGUGGCGACGCUUCAAGCGAAUGAACCAAACGCACAACCCGCACUUUUAGUAGUUUACGAUAUGGUCACAGCUAAAAUACUAGCUGCAUAUGAUAACGCAUCUACACAGUUGUUGACCCAAUUUGAGAAUUUCAGCGAUUUCUUUAGAAACGCAAGAAUGAGUACAGACUGUCAGUACAUGUGCUCCCCAUCUAAUAAUAUAUAUGCAAGAUUAUUACAGCAAAGAUUCAAACAGACGAUAGUGAGUGCGAGAUACGGCGGUGUUACAGAAGCUACGAAAAGACUACUUGCUCAAUUGCCAAUAUGCGCUCAGUCUUACUCUAGUUCUCCAUAUCUAGAUUUAUCUCUAUUUUGUUACGACGAUAAAUGGGUAUCGAUGAUGGAACGGCCUAAAGCAUGCGGAGAACAUCCUAUACGGUUUUACGCUCGUGAUUCGGGUCUGUUGAAAUUUCGAAUGUACGCGGGAAUGUUGGGUCGUACGACACCAACGGCUGCAAGACGAUUGGUUGCAUUUACUUUCCAUCCAACCGACCCAUUUGCUAUUUCCGUGCAACGAACGAACGCUGAAUACAUCGUCAGUUUUCACGUUAGACAUAUUUAAGAGCACGAGAAGAAUUCAGAUAUGUAACAUUCAGGAUUUGAUUAGAACGUUUGCUUAAAAGUCCUUUGAAUAUUUCAUUCAAAACGAUAUGGACAUUUCAGAAACUCUCGACGUUGUUAAAUUCACAGAAGAAUAUUUCACUAGAUUUAUCAUUUCUUACCACUUUUCAAAUUGUAAACGUUAAAUGUUGGAAAGCAUUUGUCGCGCUGAUUGAAUGAAUAAGUUAUUUGUUUCACUGAUCGUUCAAAUAGAUUGACAACGUAGUUUAUUCACUUUUUCGAUAAAUUUCAAUGUUUUCAUACGACAGUUGGUAACAGUUGUAUUUUUAUCGUUUACAGCGCUGAGCUUACACGGUAUUAUUCAUAGUUGGUUCGUCUGAUUUUUCUUCUAAAUACACACAUAUGUAAAUAUAUUGCAUUUAAACGGCGAUUGUUUAUACAAAUGUGUAUUUUUGAAUAAUCUAAUAACGACAAUGGUGUUUGUAUUUGUAAUACAUUUGUAUAUAUUUUGUAUAUUCCAUACAAUUUGUAUAUAUUUGCAUGUUUAGAUACAUUAAAAACCUUAAAAUAA